AUAUAUAUUUAACAAUAUUUAGGGUACCGUUAGAUGUGCCCGAAAAGCUUGCCCUUCCUAUACAGACCCACUCCAUUUCAUGCUUCUUUAUAGGACGUGUUUGUCGAACGCCGGACACACCGCCACGCGUUCCUAUCUAUCCUGAACAACCAUCCGACAACUUUGUAUAUCCGCAUCAUGGAGGUCCACUUCUACCUUCGCAGGAAAGCCACGGGAAGAGACAUACUUUUGCCCAGAGGAGCUCUUACCUUUUAUAUAUUCCUUUACCUUGAUAGUUCCUCACAGAACAGAAAUCGUUGGGCAGUUGCAAGUAGCCAACUCAACUUCCAGCCUGGACAAAUGAUUUACUGCGCAGGUGGCAUAUUUGGUCAAAUAAAACAGAAGGACGUGGUAAAAGCAAGCUUCCAAAAAGGAACACCCGUUGCUGAGUCCCCCAUCUUCCUUAUCAUCCCAACUGUAAACCUACGCCCAGCAAAUCCAAACACUGCACGGCCAACCUUGGAUGCCUCAAGUAGCUCUAAACCGGCGAAGUCAUACGUCGACUUCAAUUAUAUUUUCAUCCUCAUCAGUCAUCUGGUGGGUCGAGGUGAUAUCACAGUAUCCCACAGCGCCGCCAGCUGCACUUCUUGCUGCUGUGGGGGACGGCACUUGCCACUGUAAAGGGCUUUUCUUCGUCGUUCUCUUCCACCGCGUCAUCCCGUCUAUCCCC